CCUGGGCGGGGGGUAGGGACUGGGCGCGCGGCGCGGGGGCGGCCUACGGGCGGUAGCAAGCGGGCGGAGCAGACGAGGGAUUUGAAGGGCGCUGCAGGCGACAGCGCGGGCUUGGCGGCUGUGCAUUCCUCACUCUUAGCUGGUGAAGAAUGGGGGAGCUGGAAGGAACCUACCGCGUCCUGCAGACCCCAGGGACACGCCUAGGCGCCCAGACCCCCGCGGGCGUCAGCACCCUCGAGCCUGGGCAGGGCCCCUCGGCAGCAGCGGCGUGGCCAGCGGCCAGGACGCCCAUCCGAGUGCAGCUGCUGGACAGCUCCGUCGAGGUGUUUGACGUUGAGCCUAAAUGCUAUGGCCAGGUGUUACUGACCCAGGUGUGGAAGCGCCUGAAUCUGAUAGAAUGUGACUACUUCGGCUUGGAGUUUCAAAACGUCCAGUCCUGCUGGAUCUGGCUUGAACCUAUGAAACCCAUCGUUAGACAAGUACGAAGGCCAAAGAAUACAGUGCUUCGCCUAGCAGUGAAAUUUUUCCCACCUGAUCCGGGUCAGUUGCAAGAAGAAUAUACACGAUACUUGUUUGCCCUGCAACUUAAGAGAGACCUUCUGGAGGAGCGUCUGACCUGCACGGACACCACGGCUGCCCUCCUGGCGUCCCACCUCCUGCAGGCGGAAAUAGGAGAUUACGAAGAGGCGCUGGUCCGGGAGCACCUGCGGGCCCACGAGUACCUGCCGGGCCAGGAGCGGGCCCUGGAGCGGAUCCUGGAGCUCCAUCGGGGGCACGCGGGCCAGACGCCUGCCGAGUCGGAUUUCCAGGUGCUGGAAAUUGCCCGGAAGCUGGAAAUGUACGGCAUCAGGUUCCACACGGCCUCUGACAGGGAGGGGGCCAAGAUCAACCUGGCCGUUUCCCACAUGGGCGUCCUCGUCUUCCAGUCGUGUGCACGCGUCAGGUUACAGAUGUUCCUCAACGAACGUCUGUGUCCUGAAUUCCAGAGCAGCACCAAGAUCAACACUUUCAACUGGUCCAGGCUCCGGAAGCUCAGCUUUAAGAGGAAGAGGUUUCUUAUCAAACUCCACCCAGAGGUCCAUGGGCCUUACCAGGACACCCUGGAAUUCGUGCUGGGGAGUAGGGACGCGUGUAAGAACUUCUGGAAGACGUGUGUAGAGUAUCACACCUUUUUCAGACUUGCUGAUCAGCCGAAGCCCAGAGCUAGAGCCAUCCUCUUCAGCAGAGGUUCCUCCUUCAGAUACAGUGGAAGAACUCAGAAGCAACUAGUGGAUUAUGUCAAAGACGGUGGGAUGAAGAGGAUUCCGUAUGAGAGAAAACACAGCAAGACCCAGAUGUCUCUCCGCGCCCUAAAUGCCAACUUGCCGAGGCAGAGCGUCUUGUUCACCGAGGGCACGAGGACUCCCGCGUCCCCGUCUUCAACAAGUGCCUCCUUCUGUUCGGGCCCCGCCUCCCCUCCAGCCCCCGUGGGCCUGCUCGGUUCCAAGGACGGCAGCGGCUCCCCGACGGGGCCCCCGGCUCCCAGCGCCAGGUGGCCAGCUGCAGAGAGGAGCGGCGUGGCCGCGGCCCCGCCCCCCGGGCCGCCUGCUUUCCAGCCUUGCCAAGGCCUUUCCGUGGAGAGUCCUCAGCUUCCCUCCACCCGGAAGACCCCACCGAGCCUGAGCCCACUGGGCCCAGCCGAGCAGGGCUCCUCUCCCCUGCUGAGCCCCGUCCUCAGCGACGCUGGCGGAGCCGGGACGGACGACCAGGAGGAGCUGAGACACAAGUGUGCGCCCGCGGACGAGGCCUACUUCAUAGCAAAGGAGAUUCUUGCUACAGAGCGAACAUACCUGAAGGAUUUGGAAGUUAUUACCGUGUGGUUCCGGAGCGCUGUGGUCAAGGCGGACGCCAUGCCUGCGGACCUGAUGACCCUGCUCUUCUCCAACAUCGACCCCAUCUAUGAGUUCCACAGCGGCUUCCUGCGCGAGGUGGAGCAGAGGCUGGCGCUCUGGGAGGGGUCUUCCAGUGCCCAGGCCGCAGGCGACCACCGACGCAUCGGGGACGUCCUGCUCAGCAACAUGCUUCAGCUAAAGACGCUCACCCGCCACUUCCAGAGGCUCCACGAGGUCCUGACGGAGCUGGAAGCGGCAAGCAGGCGCCUGCGGAGGCUGGAGGCGCUGCGCCGGGACUUCGAGCUGCAGAAAGUCUGCUACCUGCCGCUGAACGCCUUCCUGCUGAAGCCGCUGCAGCGCCUGCGCCACUACCGGCUGCUGCUGCGCCGCCUGUGCGCCUCCGACCGCCAGGACCCCGACCGCGGCGACCAGGACCGCGCCGACCGCCGCGAAGCCCUCAAGGCCAUCACGGAGGUGACCUCCACACUCCAGCACAGCCUCGUCCGGCUGGAGAACCUCCAGAAGCUGAUGGAGCUGCAGCGGGACUUGGUCGGCAUAGAGAACCUUAUUGCUCCCGGCAGGGAGUUUAUCCGCGAGGGCUGCCUCCACAAGCUCACCAGGAAGGGCCUGCAGCAGAGGAUGUUCUUUCUGUUCUCAGACAUGCUGCUGUACACAGGCAGAGGUGCCUCGGGGACCAGCCGCUUCCGGAUCCGGGGACUCCUCCCGCUGCGCGGCAUGCUGCUAAUAGUGCUGGACCCACCGGUGGAAGAACGUGAGAAUGAGUGGUCUGUCCCGCACUGUUUCACCAUCUACGCCGCUCAGAAGACAGUCGUGGUGGCAGCCAGCACCCAGCUGGAGAAGGAAAAGUGGAUGAGGGACCUGAUCGCUGCCAUCAAUGCAGCCAAGAGCAGCGCCGACACGGCCCUGGCACCGCUGGGCAGCGUGCUGUGCCCCCUUCCCCGCAGGCCCUCCGACGAGGUCUCUCUGGAGGAGUCGGAAGACGACGCUCGCAGGGCCCGCUGCUCCUCAGGGGGGCCGGGCCAGCACCGGGCCAGCACUGCCAUGCACGUGUGCUGGGACCGCACCACCAGCAUCUCCAGAGCCGACCGCAGCGCGGCCGUCGAGAACCAGCUCUCGGGAUACCUGCUGAGGAAGUUCAAGAACAGUAGCGGCUGGCAGAAGCUGUGGGUGGUCUUCACCAAUUUCUGUUUGUUCUUCUACAAAACUCACCAGGAUGACUGCCCCCUGGCCAGCCUCCCGCUGCUGGGCUACAGCGUGAGCCUCCCCCGGGAGGCCGACGGCAUCCACAAGGAGCACGUCUUCAAGCUCCAGUUCAAGUCCCACGUCUACUUCUUCCGGGCUGAGAGCAAAUACACGCUAGGGAGGUGGAUGGAGGUGAUCAAGAGCGCCAGCACCUCACCAGGGAGGGCCGGGACCUCCGAGGAGGAGGCGUGAAGCCCACCCUGCCCGGCUGAGGACAGACCCGAGCAAGCAGAGCAGCACGUGCCCAUGACUGCACGUCCCGUGUCCCCCCUCCAGACUGGCAGUGGAUGGGCCUCACUCACAGGGACACCUGGGAGGGGCACAGUCCCCUCAAGACCCAGUCACUCCCUUGGCCCCGUGGGGCAGCGGGACGAACACACAUGUGUGUGGAAAUGGGCCCGGCUCCAUGCACUGCCGAGGCUGGUGCCCACCUGCCCUCUCUGCGCCUCCAGAGCAGGACCCUGCCCUUCAGGCUGGGUGAAAUGGGGGGUGGGACAGGGCCCCUGGGUCACAGCCACAUGGAAGUCCAGCAGAAACCACUCUGCCGCCCACCCCACAGACCUCUGCAAAGUGGAAAGCAAAGUCCCCGUAAUUUAUCAGCCCCCAGGAGGUGUGCUGUGCUAACCUGCGUGUGGUUAAAAAUAAAGGGCAU